AUGGCGAGUCAUCAGCGCGGAGGAGGGGCGGUGGUCGUGGCUUCGACGGCCGCGGCGGCGGCGGCGGGUACCAGGAAGGGCGUGGCGGGGGCCGAGGCGGCGGCGGAUUCCAGGAAGUACGUGGCGGAGGCCGAGGUGGCGGCGGAAGGACGUGGCGGGGGCCGAGGUGGUGGUGGCGGCUACUAUGAAGGACGUGGCGUGGGCCGAGGUGGUGGUGGCGGCUACUAUGAAGGACAUGGCGGAGGCCGAGGUGGCGGCGGCGGCUACCAGGGCGGCGGCCGAGGUGGUGGCGGCGGCUACAACGACGGCCGUGGCGGGGGCCGAGGUGGUCGCGGAUACCAGGGACAGGGAGGCAGCGACUACGGCCGCGAGCGCGGGCUUGGAGGUCUGCAACCUCCACGUCCUGAUCUGCGCCAAGCCGAUCCGCCGCUCGCGGAUCGCUACGCGGCCGGCGCCGCCGCGCUGAGGGAGAAGUUCAAGACGAUGGACAUCUACCGCGACGCGCCCAUGUUCCCAGCGCGCCCGGGCUUCGGCGCCGUGGGGACGCCGUGCGUCGUCAAGGCCAACCACUUCUUCGUCGGCCUCGUCGACAAGGGCCUGCACCACUACGACGUGACCAUCUCACCAGAGACGACGCUAAAGGGCGUAUACAGGCAAGUCAUGUCGAAGCUGGUUUCCGAGAACAGGCAGACCGAGCUUGGCGGCCGCCUACCCGCAUACGACGGCCAGAAGUCACUGUUCACCGCCGGCGAGCUGCCCUUCAAAAGCAACGAAUUCGUGGUCACCUUGCCUGGCAGGGUGGAAAAGAGGUACAAGGUCGUGAUUAAGCAUGCCACGGCGGUCAGCCUGCACCAGCUGUUCAUGCUCAUGGCAGGCUACCCUACGGACAUCCCGACGCAGGCGCUGCAGGUGCUCGACAUUGUGCUCAACGAACGCAACUCCAUGGAGUACGUUGCAGUUGGCCGGUCCUUCUUCUCACCACUCAUAGUGCCAGAGGGACCCAAGAAUCUUGGCCUGGGUGUGGAGGGAUGGAAGGGUUUCUAUCAGAGCAUCAGGCCGACACAGAAGGGCCUGUCUGCGAUCGUAGACACUUAUUCAACAGCUUUCAUUCGACCCAUGCCACUGAUUGAAUUUGUGAUGGAGAUUCUGAACAAAGAUAGCAGGACCUUUAGAAGUAUUACUCCCAUGGAUCUUGCCAAGCUCAAGAAAGACCUCAGGGGUGUGAGGAUUGAAGUCACACACCGAGGAGACGCAUGCCAGAAGUACAAGAUUGCCAGCCUGACAACCAGUCCUCCGUCUUUACAGUUCUUUGAAUCGUCCGCUGGAGUUCAGAAGUCUGUCGCAGAUUACUUCAGAGAGGCAUACAAGCUGGAAAUGCACUACGAUUUUCUCCCAUGCCUCCAAGUUGGCAGUGAUCAGAGGCCGAACUACCUCCCUAUGGAGGUUUGCAAGAUAGUAUCUGGACAGCAAUACCGGAAGAAGUUGGAUAGCCAACAAGUCUCUAAACUAAUGGACUCAACCUGCCAGCGCCCAUCUGACCGUGAGAACAACAUUCGUCAGGUUGUUGAGCACAAUGACUACAAUAGAACUGAGCGUGCAAGUGAAUUUGGCAUGGAGGUUGACUAUCGUCCUACUUCAGUUCAGGCUAGAGUUCUGCCAGCUCCCACUCUGAAGUACCGUGGCACUGGAUCUGAAAGUUUGUGUUGUCCAAAGGAUGGGCAGUGGAACAUGAUUAAAAAGCAGGUAGUACAUGGUGCAAGGGUGGGCAACUGGGCCUGCGUUAACUUUUGUCAUGAAUUGCCCAGAGAUGUUGUAGGUAAAUUCUGCUCUGAUCUGGUUAAAUGGCCUCGUACUACUGGAGUGGACAUGGAUAACUUGAGACUUCCAAUAUACCUUGUUCGUCCUGAACAAGUUGAAACUGAUCUUCAUAGGCUGUGUCAGGAUGCUCGGAACAAGCUAAGAGUGCAAAAGAUAGAUCUUUUGCUUGCUAUACUGCCAGAGAAAAACGGCAACUUAUAUGGUAAUUUCAAAAGGAUCUGCGAGACAGAGAUUGGUAUCAUGUCGCAGUGUUGCCUGGAUAAAAAUGUUAGAAGUGCAGGUCCUCCGUACUUUGCUAAUGUUGCUAUUAAGAUCAAUGCCAAGUUUGGAGGAAGGAACUUAGAAUUUGCUAAUCCCAAAGAAAGCUUACCGGUUGUUUCGAUUGAACCAACAAUUAUAUUUGGUGCCGAUGUCACUCACCCUGCUGCUCUAGAUGAUACUGCCCCUUCCAUUGCUUCUGUUGUUGCCUCCCAAGACUGGCCCAAGGUGGCUAACUAUAAUGGUAUUGCCCGUGCACAAGGUCACCGUAAAGAGCUCAUCGAUGGCCUGGAAGACAUUGUCAAGGAACUCCUACUUGCAUUUGAGGAACGGUCUAAGCAGAGACCCAAGCAGCUGAUCUUCUACAGACAUUUUUUUUUCAAACAAGUGCUGGAACAAGAAAUCCCAGAGAUAGAGAAGGCAUGGAAAGCUCGUUACAAUGAGAAGCCAAAGAUCACCUUCAUAGUGGUGCAGAAGAGGCACCACACAAGGCUCUUCCCAAAUGAUCGCCAAUGGACAGACAGGAGUGGAAAUAUUCUACCUGGCACUGUAGUUGAUAAGAAUAUCUGCCACCCAACAGAAUUUGAUUUCUUCCUGUGCAGCCAUGCUGGUAUCAAGGGAACAAGCCGUCCUACCCAUUACCAUGUGCUGCGAGAUGACAAUAAGUUCACUGCAGAUGCUCUGCAGUCUCUCACAUAUAACUUAUGCUACUUGUAUUCAAGCUGCACUCGCUCUGUGUCAAUCGCUCCUCCCGCAUACUACGCCCACAAGCUAGCGUUCCGUGCCCGCUUCUACGUCAACCAAGGCUCCUCCGAUGUGGCGACAAGUGUCGGCUCUUUUGGUUCAUCUGCUCCCGCUGCUGCUGCUGCUGGUCCGAAUCCACUUCCGGAGAUCAAGGGUGAACUGAAAAGGCUCAUGUUCUACUGCUAG